AUGAAAACAUGAAAAAUGGCCAAGAAUAAGUCGACGGUGUCUGGCUACGAGGAUGAGGAGGUUACGCCCAAGCAGGAGCAGAUCCUGACCAGCUGCACCAACAAAAUCGGCGGAACACCCGAUUGGCCGCGACACGAGGUGACCAUUCCGACGUGCCCGCUGUGCGGUGCAGUGCGUCCGCUGAUCGUACAGAUGUACGCUCCGCUGGACCGCUCCCAGUUCCACCGCAGCCUGUACGUCUUCGGAUGCGUGAGCCCCGCCUGCUCGCAGAACUCCAAGAGCUGGGCCUGUGUGCGCACCCAGCACCUGGACCACCAGUUCGAGGUCAUCAGCGAGCAGUCGCCCAGGGCCUCGGCCGCCGGCAAGCAGCACUCGAAGAAGAAGGGCAAAUCCAGCGCGCUGCAGGCGGUCAACUGGUGCAGUGGAGCGGACGACUGGGGCGACAGUGGCGGAGGUGCCAUCGCGCUGGCCAAGACCAACUCCGUGGCCUUGGACGAGGCCAUGGACAUAACCGCAGAUGACGAGCAGAACGAGCGGAAUGGCAAUUUGCGACCCAAUGCACUGCAGUACGGCAAGGGUGAUGCACAAUUGGGGGAACCAGCCAAGCUCGAGCCGGUAAAGAUUGGCGGCGAUGAAAUCGACGACGACGAGGACGAGAGCACUUCGCUGGAGAACGACCUGAUCUCGGGCUUCCAUCAAAUGGACAUGAUCUCGCCACAGAACGCCGACGACGAUCCGAAUGCCAAUUGUGCAGCAGCGGCCGCUCCCAGUUUGGAUGCUGCCGGAGCCAGCGCCGUCUCCGCGUCCAUUUGCGCCGAGAUCGAGGGUCCCGAAACGGAUGUCGUGCUGGUCGACACACCCAAGAAGCCGGAACGCGACCUAAUCGCCCUGCUAAAGCACACCUCGCUUUCAGUGUCGCAGAUAAAGGACCUUACACUGAAGUCCUACUACAUCGCCGUGGAUGUGGAGAGCAAGACGCAGGCGGAAGAAUACGAGAACUACGGCGGGGCUCUCUCCAUGGACCACAUUCGUGAUCUGUACCAGGAGUACAAGCUGCGGGACGAAGAUGCCACCCAUUCGCCCACGGGCGGUGCAUCCGGAUCUGGCGAAGCUGGAGAAGAUAACGAAUCCUACGAGAAAGCCCUGCCCGCCCACGGCGACAUAGUGUUUCAUAAUUUUAUCACUACCAUCCAGCAGAACCCGGGUCAAGUGUUGAGGUAUUCACGGGAUGCGCUUCCGCUGCUGGUUGCCCCGCUGACGGAACCUUUACCCAAGUGUCCCAAUUGCAAGGGGGAGACCAUCUGCGAGGUGCAGUUGCUGCCCACACUCAUUCCCAAGCUGCGGUUUCAGCUAAACGGCUGCAAUGCACCAAUCGAGUUUGGCAACGUGCUGGUUUUCACAUGCCUAAAGAGCUGCUGGGACACGCCCGACCUCAUGCGAUACGAGCAUAUAGUGGUGCAGUCCGAAUCUUAGAGCGGCGUCCGCCCAUUUCCCAAAGCCAUAGAACCCAUUCGCUGUAGCUGCUGGUGCAACGAAUUUUAAACGCAAACUGCAGAGGAAAGCUAAGCUUCUCGAUUGUCCUAGGAAGAUUUUAUGCUCUAGUUGUUAAGAACGUUGUAAGCUUUUAGACACUCCGAUAAGGAUAGUUGCUAAUUAUAUCUCGUUAUUUCCACUCCCCCUCUAAUAGGGUUUCAAAUCAAA